AUGAGUCGUUUCGAUAACUACAAUACUAGAAUUAGUUUCCCUCACUCGUUGCCUAAUAACCAAGAAGAAGAUAUAAUAGAAAGCCCACCCGAAGCAAAUACAAUAACUACUACAAACCCCAAUUUAUCACAUGUUAACCAACUAAGUAACUUUUAUCUAGAAAAUCAAGAAAAAGAAAUAAGAGAAUACUUUGAAAAUAAAGAAGACGAUUUUCAAGAAGCUUUAACGGAAAUAUUAGAUUUAAAAUAA